GCCCUCGUCCUCUCGCCCACCCGUGAGCUGGCCCUGCAGACCCUCAAGUUCACCAAGGAGCUGGGCAAAUUCACGGGCUUGAAGACAGCUUUGAUCCUGGGAGGAGACAAGAUGGAGGACCAGUUCGCCGCCCUGCAUGAGAACCCCGACAUAAUCAUUGCCACCCCCGGGCGCCUGGUGCACGUGGCGGUGGAGAUGAAACUGAAGCUGCACACCGUGGAGUACGUGGUGUUCGACGAGGCUGACAGGCUCUUUGAGAUGGGUUUCGCUGAGCAGCUCCAGGAGAUCAUCGCCCGGCUCCCGGACUGCCACCAGACCGUCCUCUUCUCCGCCACGCUGCCCAAGCUGCUCGUCGAGUUUGCUCGGGCCGGUCUCACCGAGCCGAUGCUGAUCCGUCUGGAUGUGGAGUCCAAGCUCAGCGAGCAGCUCAAGCUGGCUUUCUUCCACGUGCGUGGGGAUGACAAACCGGCCGUGCUGCUCCACCUGCUCCGGAACGUGGUGAAGCCCCAGGACCAGACGGUUGUCUUUGUGGCCACCAAGCACCACACAGAGUAUCUGAAGGAGCUGCUGACAGCCCAGGGCAUCCGCUGCACACACAUCUACAGCUCGCUGGACCAGACUGCCCGCAAGAUCAACAUUGCCAAGUUUGCCCAGAGCAAGUGCCCGGUGCUGCUGGUCACCGAUGUGGCCGCCCGCGGGCUUGACAUCCCCAUGCUGGACAACGUCAUCAACUAUAGCUUCCCUGCCAAGGCCAAGCUGUUCCUGCAUCGCGUCGGUCGUGUGGCCCGAGCUGGCCGGAGCGGCACGGCCUACUCGCUGGUGGCUCCCGAUGAGAUGCCCUAUGUCUUUGACCUCCACCUCUUCCUGGGGCACCCACUUGUCCUCGCCGGUGCCCAGGAGAUGCCCGCUGUGCUGGAGUUCUUCAUCUUCUGCUUGGCGUUUGCACAGAGGGACGACACACUCUUAUUACUGGGAUGCCGGUGGGGUCCUGGGCCGCGUCCCCCACAGCUGGGCAUCCACCCGCUCUUCAGCGCUCGCUUUGAAGACACCGAGCUGGAGAGGCUGAAGUUCGUGGACAGCAUUAAAACCUACAAGUCCAAGGCGGUGAGUUGAGAGCCGUCCUCGGGCACGAGGUGCCUGGGUUGGGGUGUGAUGCGGUCGAAGCGACGCCACGACCAUGCCCUCAUCGAGAAGUACCAGCGCAGGCAGCAGGAGAAGCAGGCGGCGGUUCUCAAAGGGCAGGGGCUGUGCCCGGGCCCCCCUGGCCCUGAGGAGGCAGAAGGAGGAGAGGAGGAAGACCUCCAGGACGUGUUCUCCACCGUGGUGGGCCAGAAGCGAAAACGGGGCCGAGGGGGAGAAGACAGCCCCAGGAAAAAACCACAGCAGCUGGUGCAGCGGGACGAGGACUUCUACAUCCCGUACCGGCCCAAGGACUUUGAGAGCGAGAGGGGGUGA